AUGGGAACUGUUUUGGUCCGAAGUAUUCGUGGACAAUCAUUGGUAUUUCCAGAGGAAGGUGUUCGGGAUUACGCAGUCUUACAACCAAGUGUGCCAAUAGACCUAACUGCAUUCACUCUUUGGCUCCGCGUCGCCACGGAGUUGUCUGGCCAUCGGGAGAUCAUCUUUUUCUCCUACUUCAAUGACCGAGAUGAGUUAAACAUUUGGAGAGAAUUAGACGGUCGUAUUUCCUUGUAUCUCGGCAGAAGUAAUUAUGGAGAAAAGUUCUCUUCACCCGGCCUCAGUACAUUUGGAAAUCAUAUCUGCAUGACCUGGGAGUCUUCAUCAGGCUUGACAGCCUUUUGGUUUAAUGGCAAGCGCUCUGCAAGUAAAAUUUACCGCAAAGGCCAUCAGGUUAUUCCAGGUGGAAGGGUGAUCCUGGGGCAAGAGCAAGACAAAUUUGGGUCGCGUUUUGAUGCCCAACAAAGUUUGGUGGGUGAGAUUUCAGACGUCCAUCUGUGGGAUUAUGUUCUACCUCCCACUUCCAUCAAGCAGAUCUAUGAAGGAAAGCCCCAGUCUUUGGGGAACAUCAUUAACUGGGAAUCUAUUAAGUACACUUUAUAUGGAAAUGUUAUAGCAUAGUAAGGGCAAAUGUAUCAG